UUUCAUCAACAUCAGUAGAUUAAUACCUUCUUCCCCACCACCACAUAUGGCUUGAGGCUGCGCCUACACCACUAGUAUAAAAAAAAACCUGGCUCCCCCUGUGGGCGAGGCAGAGCAGAGCAGGACCUAGAGAAAAGAUCUUUAGUGCUGUACUUUGUGAGGAGAAGAAGGUCGAGGCCUCGAGGGGGGAGAUAAUGAUGGAGGUGGCGGUGGAGAGCCCGCAGCCAGCGGCAUGGGACCACUUCAAAGAGGAGGUGGAGAUCAUGGAGGCGGAGGGCGGCGGCACUGCCGUCGCCACCGCCGCCGCUGCUGCUGCUGCAGCAGGGGAGCUGCUGACCAGGGAGAUCAAGAAGAGGCUGUUGGUCCAUGCCCGUGAGAAUGGGAAUGGCCAUGGCCAUGGCAAUGGAGGAGGAGCAGAGGAGCCCGAGGCUGCUCCUGAGGUGGAGCAUAAGGAGGAGGAGGAGGCUCCGGAAGAACCCAAGGUUGCUGAAGAGGAGCAGCAGCACAAGAGUAUCUUCUUCGAUGCAGCCAAAGGGUUGUGGAAGUGCCGGCACUGCGAUUGGACGUACCGCUUGAGUAGUCCCUGUGGAAAUGGUACCAUAGAUCAUCGAGGCUAUCGCCACCAAAUCGAACGGAAUAGCGAAUCGUUAGUUGAGAAGAAAGGAUCGUUUUACGGUUCACCGAACAAAGUUCCUGAUAUUAUUACUGAGGUAAGUGCCAGAUAUCUGGUCACGGGAACGAUGCGAUCUGGUGACGGAAAGGAAGAAGCGAAUGAAACUCCGAGUACAAAAGACAAGCAGCUUGAAGCACAUGAAAAUGGCAAUGUUCAAGAAAUCAACCAUGGUCCAAGCAAUGGCAAGUUAGAAAAUGGAUCACACUCGAAUGGUUCGCAUCAGGUCCCCAACGGUGCUGAACCUAAGACAGAGUACCUGUUUGAAAUCAACAAGACUCAAAUGUACCCAACUGAAGUUGACAAGGACAAACAUGUCACUGAGGCUCAACCGAAGGUCGAAGAGUACGACCUUGAGAAGAUUUUGGACCAGCAAGAAACUCAUGACCUCUUCUGUCCCAACUGCAAAUCAUGCAUAACUCGGAGGGUGAUCCUGAAGAAGAGGAAAAGGACAGUAAGGCCAGCAAACCCCCAUGCACCAUCAAAGAGACCGUACACUGAAGAAGUACUAGUGCCACUGCCUUCUGCUACUUUACCUGGAAGUGAUGAGCAGGAGUCACCCGACGUGUUCAGAUGUUUGUCAUGCUUCUCCUUCUUCAUUCCGGCAGGAUGCAGUUUCAACAUAUUCCGUAUUUUUGGGAGGAGGGAUUUGGACCAAGUUGAUGUUCUGCCUCCUCCGGCAUCAGUGGACACGCCUCCUCGGUCUGAAAAUUGCACAAGUUGGCUUCUGUCUUGUUUCCAGCCAGAAGAUUGCCCAAACCAACCUCAUCCUGCUGAUUCAGUGACGGUGCCACUGUUGUCCGGUACACAGAGCUCCAACAAUACAACCACAACAACUGAAUCUAGCAGAUCAUAUGUUCAUCAUAGUCAUGGCACGGUUGUAAAGCCGGAGCAGUCGAGAGUCGAAUCACCUUUGGAGAACCAAGCUGCACCAGAUCCAGCGACAACGCCAGUGUUGUCUGAUACGCAAAGCCCCAAUGAUACAACCACAACAACUGGAUCUAGUACAUACUAUGUUCAUCAUAGUCAGGGCACAGUUGCUAACCCAGAGCAUUCGACUGCCGAAUCAUCGUCGGACCAUCAGACCACCACAAUCACCACAACUACAACCACGAAAGCAACGGCUACAUCAUCCUCUACAAACACUUCAUCUCACACCGCGUCUGCUACAGGUUUCUUCCACACAGACACACUGGAAGUGAUAACCGGUGAAAUGCCUCCCUCAAAGCCUGACGGUGGUGCAAAUCACCACCUACUUGGCCAUGAUGAUGUUCACAGAACUGCAACGACUGCCUCCGAGAAUGGCUUUACAACCCAUUCAGUUCACGCUUCAGGAGUGAAGGUCAAUGGCCCGAAUGUGACAAAUGUCGCGAGGGGCGACAUAUCAACUACGCCGAUUCCUCAAACAACAGAUUCACAUCAUGUAGCGGUAUCAGUCCCUGAAGAAGUGAAUCUGGUUGCUCCUAGACCACAACAGAGGGAUGACUGGGAUAUACCGAAAGCCAUAGUGUAUGGAGGCUUAGUGGAGUCGGUCACCAGCCUCUCCGUUGUUUCAGCAGCAGCAUCAAGUGGAGCAAAAACAUUGGACAUAUUCAUCCUGGGCAUAGCCAACCUUAUCGGAGGGCUUCCUGUCAUUUACCACAAUAUCGCCGUUCUGAGAGACAUCCGAGACGUGAACGACGACGAGCGGGUCGGCCAGUACUGGCUGCAGCUCGGAAGGCGGUCGAAAGCCCGGCUCCACAUGGUCCUGGCCCUGCUCUCAUACAUCGUGUUCGGGCUGCUUCCACCAGUCGUCUACGGGUUGUCGUUCCGCGAGAGCAAUGACAGGGAGAACAAGAUGAUGGCCGUCGCCGGCGCUUCACUCGCGUGCAUCGCUCUGCUAGCGCUCGGAAAGGCGCAUGUACAGACAGCACCCAGGGCAUACUUCAAGACUCUCAUGUACUACCUGACCAUCGCCGUGAGCUCGUCGGGGCUGUCGUACGUCGCAGGUGUGCUGAUCACGCGGCUCUUGGAGCACUUUGGAAUCAUCGAGCAAGGUGGAUUGGCUGCUCCUGCUCCUCCAGGCCUGUCGUUCGCUCAUUCAGAGGGUGCACAGACAUCUGCAUGGGCCUCAUUCUGAAGACUGAUGUCUGAACUCUGAAGUUCACGGGAACACUGGUGCAAAAAACAAACAAAAGACACGUAUGAGUCCAAAGAGCAAGUGCCUGAACUGAAGAUAUGUAGGGGGUGCACACUAGGAAAUGUAGCACUAGCUAGAUAACCUUGUGCCACAUCUUCCAGUUGGGCUUCAGUUCGUACUAAAACAUGAAGGCACACAUUAAGCGAAAAUUGCUUUUGGAGCUCGGCCUCCAUGGAGGCUGGUUUUUGAAAAAUUCAAAUUUCAUAUUUUUACA